AUGGAAACAGGUGCCAAUAUUGCAGUAUUGACAGACGUCUCGUUUGCAGACUUUGAAACAAAAAGCAGCGACGAGAAUGCCACUUUCGAUAACUAUGGCCCGUGCCAGGCAAAGCACGACAUGACUAUGACUCUCGACCUGUCGUUAGGCCAGAAGGCAGAGAACCUUUUCGCAACGGACCAAACGCCGACGCCCACACGACUCAUCAAGAACUGUGAUGAAGUGGGCCUGUUCGAUGAUCUGCAGCAUGUUAAUCCCUUUGAUAUCGGCUUUCAGCGGGCUGCCGAGCAAAAUGCAGUUGCAGGCACAGCAAUGCCUGCCACGCCGACACGCUCGGAAGCGCCGCCGACUGAUGGCGACUCCCUGCACACGCCACAGGUAUAUCCCGUGGAGGCGGCACAACUGACCGCAGCAGCGCCAGCAGUCAGACAACACAGCAGUCCACUGGAUCUGCCCAUGGCUAACAUGGAAGAGCUGCUGGCUACUCCAACGCAACCUGCAACAGCGCCCGAAGUCACACCAACAAUUAAUGGUGUGCCACCAGUACAUGUAAUCCAGCCACAAGUAAUCACUUGGGUGCUGCCCACAACGACAUUACCCGUAAGCACAAUACCUGCCAGCACAAUUAGCAAGCCACCCCAGCAGUCUGUGCGUCCCUUCAUCUUGCCCAAGCCCAGCAGAGCUAUCAGCUCCAAAGUUGGCGCUUUAAUGCCUAGCACAACGCCAGUGCAUGAGCCCAGCAGCGCUAGUCUGACGCCCACAUCACAGCUGCCCAUCAAGGAACGCCUCAAGGCGAUACUCAACAGCAGCAACAACAACAAAACCAAGCAGCGCAGCUUUCAAACGCCUCCGCCCAAAGUUAAGACAGCAGUUAAGCGCAACGAAGAUUCCAUGGAGCGACGCCGUGCUGCUGCAAGCCGUUAUCGCCACAAAAUGCGCAAUGAGCACAAGGAUAUUAAGGAUCACAAUGCACAACUACAGCAAGAGAUUCGCCAGUUGCGGGAGCGCAUUGCGACACUAGAGCGAGAACUACAGCUGCAAUAUGACAAUAACAAAAACAACAAUUUUAGCGGGGGACUCCGACGUCGUCCCAUACAGCAGGCGGCAAUGGAAACGCAGCAAUAUGAGCAGCUUAUGGAGAAUCAUGCGCGACGCCGGCUGCAGCAGCAGUUUGAACGGCAGCUGGAGCUGAUCAAACUAAAGAUGAUGCGGCAGCGACAGCUGCUGGAGCAGGAACGAUAUCGCCAGCGGCAGCAGGAGAUGCGAGUGAUGGCCGAAUCGGAAAAUGAUUACGAGAACGAUAACGAAAACGAAAACGACAACGACAAUAAUAACAAUCUGAACAAUCAGCAGUACGAUCAAUAUGAUAAUGCCGAGGGCGAUGCGGCCUAUGGCAGUCCCUUGGAUGCUGUACCAGAUGUGCGUCCUCCACCACCGCCUCUGAUGCAGCUGCCGCUGCCCAAUUUCAAUAGGCUGGACGCAAUCGGUGGCUACGGUCGCAAUCCUCCUGGAGUGCUCCGUGAGCGCAUUCCCUUCGCCGUCGGACCAAAUGAUGCUCGUUUCUUUGACAACGCCAACGAUCCAUCGGGUGAGCUGGACUCGCGGGCCCUGGACGACUACGAGGAGUAUGCACCGGCACCGGAACUAUUGGCAGCCGAUUCGGUAACGGCCAAGAGCAAGCUGGCCACCGCGGCGCCGGCGCCAAAGCCCAUGGAGUCUCCCAAGCUGCUGGACACGGCCACCGCCAAUUUCCAUCGGAUCAAGCCACAAACGGCGGCCGCAGCUGCCGUAGCCGGCGUCAAUCUGCCCCAGUCGAAGGACACGCCCAACGAGAUUAACGCCCUCAUCGAUAAGCUGCAAAAGCAAAGCAAAUCCCCCCUGCUCGCUUACCCGGCCAGCACUGGCGACACCAAUGAGCACAUUGUGCUGCGCCAGCAUCUGGGCCUCAACAGCGAAAUGGGCGUCUACAUUGUGGCCCUCAUAGCGGGCGUCAGCGCGGCGGUGACUGUCGGCCUAUUAGCGCUAGGCGUUACCUGGUUCCAUAAUCGCAGCAAGGCCGCCGCGGAUGUCGACUAUCCGGCUUACGGCGUAACCGGUCCCAACAAGGACGUAUCUCCGUCGUGCGAUCGCAAGCUGGCGCAGAGCGCUCAGAUGUAUCACUAUCAGCACCAGAAGCAGCAAAUCAUUGCAAUGGAGAAUUGCCAAGCGACCGACGGCAGCUGCGGCCUGUCCGAUGUAGAGAGCGACGAUGACAACGAGGAGGGCGACUAUACCGUCUAUGAGUGUCCCGGCUUGGCGCCCACCGGCGAAAUGGAGGUAAAGAAUCCGCUCUUCCUGGAUGAGACGCCGGCCACGCCAGCCAUUGGUGCAAGCAGUGCGCCAACAGCAGCUGCUGCAGCGGCAACCAACAAAGCAGGCACCACGAACACCAACACCACCACUAAUAAUAACAUUACGCAGGCCACGGCUCAGCAACCGGCUACGCAGAAAAAGGGCACCGUCAAGCCGAACAUGAAUCUGUUGAAUGCUGCAGCCUCCGCUGCUGCCACUGAGGAGAAGCAGAAGCGCAAGACCAAGAAGUAAAUUGGGCAAAGUUGAAAGUCUUUCUCUCACUCUCUCUCCCGCUCUGCCUAUUGCUCUCUCUCUCUCCCUCUCUCGCACCGUCUAUCUGUCUAUCGCUUUCUCUUGGCAUGCCAUGUGCUUAGGCAAUUGGUAAAGUUUGACUGAUCCAUUUUGUCAGCCAACAGACACUAGACACAAGGUACGCGUAUGUACAUAACACACACCCACAUACACACACGCCCACACACACAUACAUACAUACGCGCGCAUGUAUAGAUUAUGUAUUCCUAAUGAAAAGUCCAUGGAAUUAAAUUCCACGGCUGCAGGUGCACUCGAGUGCAAGAAACGCGUCAACGUCAGUUUGAAGGCACAAAACAAAACAAAACCAAAUAAUAUAAAAUAAAACUCUCUCUCUUAUCUUCCUCGUCCCCCUUUAAGUGUAAGCCCCAUCAUUAUAUGAUAUUUUAUGUAACGUAAUCGUAUCGUAUCAUAAUCGUAUUGCUAUGAAGUAAUACCAGCUCUUAGCACGUAUAAUAUAACAAUAUUCUGCAACUCCUGCUGUUCCUGCUCCUCUCCUUGACUGUUUUCUGCUUAUGUGAAUCCAAGUCAGAAUAUUCUGCAAGCGAUUUCCUGUGGUGCGAUGUCAAUCAAAUGCAGAUGCACACACAAUUUUGCCUGGCAUAAUAUUUGUUCCAUAACAAGUCCAGUCCUCGCUCCUCCAUCUCCUUUCCUGACAAAAUUCCCCCCUAAAAUGAAUAAACAUAAUAUGCUACUGAUUCUAUUUACAUACAAUCCAAAAUGUGUACUUAUUUAUAUUGUAUUGUAAUUUAACAUUUUAUUGUACUUUAUAUCAACAAAACCACAACAACAGCAACAACAACAAAAGCAACAUUUUUUGUCUGCAAAAAGAAUCAAUUUAUAAGGAAAAGAAAAUACUAUUUUAAAGUCUGCAUAUUGGCAUUGGAACAAGAAAAACCAAAUAAAAAUAAAAGCAUAAAACAUAACAUAACAUAUACUUAUUAUGUGUAUUAUGAUCGUACAUGCACACAUAUACAUACGUACAUGUGUGUGUGUGUGUGUAGUGCAUACAUAUAUACAUACAUAUACCUAUAUUCGUGUAAUUAUUGUAACAUACUACUUAUAUAUACAAGCCUAAUGAAAUUAAUUACUUAUGGUAUUCCCAAGUUUAUUUUCUAAAUUAUUGUACUACGCUUUGUGAUCUUAAAUUAUCUGUGUCAAUUUAGAAAUACAAUUCUGGUAACCAACAUAUACAUACACACAUAUAGUACUAUAUAUAUAUACAUAUGUAUAUGCAGUAUAUGUAUGUACCUAUCAUAUUGAAGCAAGAUGAUCUAUGGAAAGCGAUGAUUAGGAAUGAGAAGAAUUAUUUACAAGUAUAACUUAACAAUAAUUUCCUGCACAUUCAUGUAAAGUAAAUGAAAAACGACUGAUAACACACAAAAAUACACGAGUCUAUUGUACAAAAACGAAAGUAAUGAAAGAAAACGCAAUUUAUUUAUUAAUUAGUGAAAAAUUAACUGAAACGAAAUAGUAGAUGUUCCAAAUUCCCCCCAAAAAAUGAGAAAAUAUUAGCGAAACAUUUAAUUAUGUAUCUCAAUUGCUGUAAAUAAAAACAUACAAAUAAACAAAAGACGUAUGUGAACUAACUAUAUACGACACAUACAUAUUUACUAGAACAAACAAAACAAAGACAACAACAACAAAAACAAAAACAACGUAAACAAUUGCGGCCGUAACAAUACACUGAGAAACGUCAGAAAAACUCACGAGUUUAAAAAGAAUACAACUUAUAUACACAUAGAACUACAAUAACAACUACGAGUAAAAGCUACUAAAACAAAAAGAAAAAAAAAGAAAAGAAAAUAUUGAAAAUUGACAACUGCUAAGCAUGUUGGAUUAGACAUGGAAGUACUUAUAUGCAUCUAUUUUAUAUUGUUUUCAACAAUACCAAUUGGAAAUGUACUUUGCAAACCAAUAAUAAAUAUGCAAACGAAAUGUUAAACGAAAUGUUGAGUUUGAAAUAUAUAUUUUAUGGAGUUUUCCGAUGACCGAAACAAAUGCAGAAUACAAAUAUGUACGAUUACUUGAUAGAAAUUGAAAAAAGAUAAAUACCUACAUAUAUUGUGCAUAAAGAAUAUAAUUUAAUUUAUUUAUGUAUUGUAUGAUAACCAUAAUAACACAAAUUAUACAAUAUGCAUACAAAAUAAAUUAAACUAACCCAAAA